UAAUUUUAAAAGUUAAAAGUAAAGUGAAGAGUUGUUAUAAACAAUUAAUAACAUGUCUAAUAAUAUAGAAGUUUUCAAACACUUUGGGAUUGCAUUCCUGGGAAUAUUGUUAAUCAGUUCAAUCAAUAGGAUUGAAGAGUUAUUAUCCGGUGUUGGAUACUAUUGUGUAGUUUUGUGGCUUUCGUGGCAAUUGACAAAACUUUAUCAAACUUUUAAUACAAAUGUUGAAAGAGUGGAGUCUGACCGCAAAGCUAUUCUUAUAACAGGAUGUGACACUGGAUUUGGAAAUCUGCUGGCUCAACAGUUGGACUCAAAAGGGUUUACCGUAUUUGCCUCGUGUUUGGACCCGGAGUCAAAGGGAGCUCAAGAUUUACUUAAUACAUGUUCAAAGCGUCUGAAAGUUUUAAAACUCGAUGUCACCAAAGAUGAAGACGUGAAAGAAGCGGUAGAUUUUGUCAGAAAUAAUCUCCAAACCAAUAAACUUUGGUCUAUUGUGAACAAUGCGGGGAUAUUACACUUUCUGCCCGUAGAGUGGGGUCGAGAGGGCGUCGAUAUAUUCAAGAGACAGAUGGAUGUGAACAGUAUGGGUCAGGUGAGGGUCACCAAAGCAUUUCUGCCUCUACUUAGAAAAACCAGAAACAGUCGGAUAGUGAACGUCGAAAGUUUGGCCGGUCGGAUAGCAAUGCCGGGCAUCAGUUCCUACGCGAUGUCAAAGUUCGCGGUCCGAGCCUUCAGUGAGAGUCUGAGGAAUGAAGUGAAACAGUUUGACAUCAAUGUUGUGGUGAUUGAGCCAUCGAAGUCAAAGGGACUGCAAGUCAUACCGCAUGCAAUCUUCUCGGCGGCCAUCGCUGUGUUUCCCAAACAAUCCCUUAUUGUCGAGAACUUGAAGGCAGCGAUUAUCUCAUCGGAGGAAAGCUGA